CUUUUGUGGCGUCAAAAGCACACCGUGCGGGAUAGUGCAUAUGUCAGCGCAUGCUGAAGCAGAAUGAGCUUGUGGACAGUUCCGAGUGUGAACUGGAUACAUUCUUGCGAGAUAGGGACGCAAAAUGAAAGUUUUUUUUGUCUCGCUGGCGUCUGGGAUUCGUGCGCGUAAAUGAAUUUUCUGCUUGGUCGAUUUGUGGCAUUAAUAUCACGGCGUAGUAUUUUCCUCCUGCUGUUUAUUGUGUGAAUGGAGUUCGAUCGAAUCAUUCGAGUCUCCUCUCCCUCCACCUCUCUCGCUUGCUCAAGCGGUUGUCACAUGUUUCUUUAGUCGACUCAUUAGGCUCGAACGUACCAUACGCUACCUGAACUGUUCUGCUCCUUUGUGAAGCGUAAAUUCGUCUGGUAGACGUCGAGGGAGUAAAGAACUUGAAACAAUGCGUGAAUAGGCUCGCACGUGGGAGACUUGAACACAACAGCUCACGAGACACACUACCACUAAAAAGCGUUCUGGACAAUCCGUGCCCUGCGUUCGUACGCUCCCCAGGAAGUUUUGUGUGAAGCUCGUGACAUCAGCUGUUCUUGCACUAACGCUGUCCACGCAACUGCUUUCAUCCCCAACGGGGAUAUACUUAGAAAUCCUUAGGUUGUACUGUACAACCCUUCGGAGCAAGACGAAAAGUACAGUACACCAGGCUUUCAAUAAAAGGUGAUUCGCCUCGUGUUUUCCCAGAGCGGUCCACCAGGGCAACGUGUUAGGAUCUACCCAAGCUUAGCGGUGCCCGCGCCGAUUGCCCAAGGAACCCGGCGAGGAAGAGCGACGUCCACGCGGUUGGAAGAUGGAGCCUCGCGCCAAGGCGAGGUGGUCUCCGGGCAACAGCCCCUCCUCGGCGCGGGGCGUGUGGCCCCGCUGCUCCGAGCUCAAGAUGUUCCUGGCUGCCCUGUCCUUCUCGUACUUCGCCAAGGCCCUGUCCGGGAGCUACAUGAAGAGCACCAUCACCCAGCUGGAGCGGCGCUUCGACAUCCCCACGUACCUCAUCGGCGUGAUCGACGGGAGCUUCGAGAUCGGCAAUCUGCUGGUGAUGGCGUUCGUGAGCUACUUCGGCGCCAAGCUGCACAGGCCGAAGAUCAUCGCCGUCGGCUGCGUCCUGAUGUCGCUGGGGACCUUCCUGUGCGCCAUGCCGCACUUCCUCAUCGGACGCUAUAAGUUCGAAACGUCAGUUAGAUCGUCCGUGAACUCAACCAAUAUCCUCUCUCCGUGUCCAGCAAGCUCACCUGACCCUCUGCCCGCAGGUGACUCGGCCCAUGUCAUGCCCAGUGCAGGGUGCGAGCGAGAGUCCAGCCUCUCCAUGUGGUUUUACGUUUUCCUGGGGAACGUCCUGCGCGGGAUCGGCGAGACCCCCGUCCAGCCGCUGGGGAUAUCGUACAUCGACGACUUCGCCCAGGAGGACAACGCCGCCUUCUACAUCGGCUGUGUUCAGACCGUGUCCAUCAUCGGCCCCGUGUUCGGCUACCUGCUGGGGUCGCUCUGUGCCAAGCUCUACGUGGACAUUGGCUUUGUAGAUAUGGACAGCGUGACGAUCACCCCCAGCGACGCUCGCUGGGUGGGCGCCUGGUGGCUGGGCUACAUCGUCGCGGGGAUCAUCACCCUCCUGUCGGCCAUCCCCUUCUGGUUCCUGCCCAAGUCGCUGCCCGCGCCGGCGGCCCGGCACCACUCCCGCCGCUCCCCCGGGCAGGCGCGCUUCGUCAAGGGCUCCUCGCACCUGGGGCAGAAGUAUCGGCCCGGCGAAGCCGCCAGCCUCCUGGAAAUGGCUAAAGAGUUCAUCCCGUCGCUGAAGAGCCUGAUGGGAAACCCGGUGUACUUCACCUACCUCUGCGUCACCGUCAUCCAGUUCAACUCCCUCAUCGGCAUGGUGACCUACAAACCCAAAUACAUCGAGCAGCACUACGGGCAGUCGGCGUCCAAAGCCAACUUCCUAAUGGGAGCCGUCAACAUCCCCGCCGUGGCCCUGGGGAUGUUCCUGGGGGGCGUGGUCAUGAAGAAGCUGAAGCUGAGCAUCAUGGGAGCGGCCAAGCUGGCCUUCGGGACGUCGCUGCUGGGCUACUUCCUGUCGCUCUUCUUCUUCGCCAUGGGCUGCGAGAACUCCAGGGUGGCCGGCAUCACCGUGUCCUACCAGGGAGUGGAUGGAAUUUCUUACCAUGAGAGGUCGCUGUUUGCAGACUGCAACGCCGGCUGCCCGUGCUCGGGAAAGGACUGGGACCCGGUGUGCGGCGGCGCCGGCGCCAUAACGUACGUCUCGCCCUGCCUGGCGGGCUGCCAGUCGCAACGCGGAUCGGGGAGGAGCACGGUUUUUGAGGACUGCCGGUGCGUGAGGGGGCCCGGGAACCACUCGGCCGCCCUGGGGCACUGCCCGGACCGGGAGGGCUGCGGCCAGAUCUUCCCCUACUUCCUGGCGCUGUCCGUCGUCAGCUCCUUCGUCAUCUCGCUGGGCGGGACGCCGGGCUACAUGCUGCUCAUCAGGAGCAUCCAGCCGGAGCUGAAGUCCCUCGCGCUGGGAGUGCACACGCUGACCAUCCGAACCCUCGCGGGAAUCCCAGCCCCAAUAUACUUUGGUGCUAUCAUUGACACCACGUGCCUGAAGUGGGGCCACAAGAGGUGUGGAGGGAGAGGGGCCUGCAGGAUCUAUAACACCACAGCCUACAGGAUAGCGUACCUGGGCCUGUCCCUGGGCUUGCGGACCUUCUCCUUCUUCCUGUGCGUCCCGGGCUUCCUGCUGCUGCAGAAGCACCUGCAGAAGGAGGAGGGCGCGGCCCUGACCAACGGCGGCUCGGAGGUGGAGCCGCUGAAGAAGGAGGAGGCGGGGUCUCUGCACUGCGAGCGCCUGGCGCACGCCCCCGACGGCGACGCCUACGCCCCCGACGGAGACGCGCACGCCCCCGACGGCUACGCGCACACCCCCGACGGCGACGCCCGCGCCCCCGACCGCGACGGGCACGCCGCUCAGACCGCGGAGCGCCAGCCGCCGCCCGCGCGGAACUCGGACCGCGACCCUGACAGGGAGACGAGGCUGUGACACGCACGCGCAGGGCAUCCCCCCCCCC